AUGGCUAUCGGUAAGAACUACCCCCUCGUCAAGAACCAUUUCCGAAAGAACUGGCAGGAGCGGGUCAAGACCCACUUUGACCAGCCCGGCAAGAAGUCUUCUCGACGACUUGCACGAACCAAGAAGGCCGCUGCUAUCGCUCCCCGACCUCUGGAUCUUCUCCGACCUAUUGUCCGAGCCCCCACUAUCCGAUACAACCGAAAGGUCCGAGCUGGCCGAGGUUUCUCUCUUGAGGAGCUCAAGGCUGCCGGUAUCCCCCGAGACUACGCUCGAACCAUUGGUAUUGCCGUUGACCACCGACGACAGAACCGAUCCGUUGAGGGUCUUGAGGCCAACGUUCUGCGACUCAAGGAGUACCAGUCCAAGCUGAUUGUCUUCCCCCGAAAGCUCAAGAAGGGUGAGACCAACGAGGCCAAGUCCGCCGUCCAGGUCCUCUCCACCUCUGCUACCUUCCCCAUUGUCCAGCAGGCUGCCGAGUCCGAGCCCCGAGCCAUCUCUGCCGAGGCCAAGGAGCAGAACGCAUACAGAACCCUCCGAAUGGCCCGAUCCACCCAGCGAUACGCCGGAAUCCGAGCCAAGCGAGCCAAGGACGCCGCUGACGCCGAGGCCGAGAAGAAGAAAUAA